AUGGGCCUGGGCAAGAGUAGCAUGGGAGUUGAGAAGUCUAGCGCCAUGCUACGGCGGUUCAAGGACUUUUCACUGGAGAAUAAAAAGGAUGGUAAGUUCCUUGAAAGGGUCACAUGUCCUGUCUUCCUCACGGGUCCGGGGGCAGGCAGUGAGAUGUAUGCGUCGGCGGAUGACAGUACCUUCAGAAUUCAGAAGUUGCUCACAAAUGUUCCGGUAAGCAAGAAGGAGGUCUGGGUGCCAACGGAUGUUGCCGACGGAGGGUUGACAGCUAAGAUUGGGGCUUGGGCGUUGUUGGCGCAAAAGACAUUUUUGUUUCUGGACAAGCAUUUUGAGAUCAAACGUGAAUCGCUGUGA